AUGAGUCCUGAGAAUGAAGUCACUAUUCGAGUAAAUAUUAUGGAGUCCAAAGAGAUUGACCUUGGAAAGAAAGAGAAGCUGAAGAAGAGGAGACAAAGGGUUGAUGAUUAUGACUACAACGAUCCACUUAUUGAGCCCUUUGAAGGGGAGACGCAAAUGGUCAUGAUAGAGUGUAGCUUGGAGGAUUUCUUUGUAUAUAAGGGCGAGCUGCCGUACAGUGCAAAGAAGGUGCUAAGUGUGCAUAAAGCAAGAGAAAGAGCCAAGCUCGCGAAAAGUUCAUCAGCGGGCUCCCCUGAUAAAGAGACUAGCAAAAGAAAGCGAGAAAUGAAGGAAAAGCCGAAAAAACUGGAGGCACCUACUGGAAAGAGAAGGCGAGGAAAAAUACCAAAAAGUGAUACCAAAAUCUGCGAUUCUCUUGCCAACCUCAUAAAGUCAGAAAUUGAAGAUUUAAGGAACCCGGAAGAAUUUGAGUGCAAUAGUGUAGAGUGUUAUGUGUCUUUGAAAGUCCUUGAAGAAUUUCAAAAGGAGAGAGAAGCCGACUGGUCCAUACCAGCCUCUGAUACUCUCAGGAAGCCAACAGACGAGGAGAUGGCAGAAUACCUGAAGAGAAGCGAGUCUGCAAUGAAUGAGACACUUAAUGCAAUCUCAGAAGAAAUCAGAAACUACCAGCUUUAUUCUGACGAUCUUUCCUUGUUUAAAGGCUUUCAAAAGGAAGACUUUCUACUUAAAACCAGUAAGUACUUUCUACUCUUUAUUAAGAUUUCAUUUAUGAGUCAAGAAGGCACAUCCUUCAAUAAAGCGAGAAAAGAAGCAUACAGCAAUGUCCUUGACCUAUUUCCCGAGGCAUGUAGAAACGCAACACAGACCCAGUACUACCUUGCAAAGUAUAUCUCACAAAUCUGCAAGGCAAAAGGCUUCGCUGAGGACGAUAAGAAGCAUGACGAAGGGAGUCGGUAUCAUGAAGCAUCUUCGGAUCUAGAUAGUGCUGAGUAA